AUGAGUCAGUUGGUGUCGCCUGGAACUAGAAAGUCCAACUUGAAGAAAAUCAAGCCUCAAACUACAAAGGGAAUUCAACCGUUAUCUAGAAUCAAAUCUUCAACAGCUGUGACAGAUGAUGGUGAAUUCUUUCUUUUCGGUGGGUUUGACGAAGAUGAUAACUUGGACGGUGCUGUAUACAUUUUAGAUAUCAAAUCAAAUGAGUGGAGAGUACAUCCCAGUGGUCAAGUCUAUAGAGAAGGACAUUCAGCAUUAUAUAUUGGAGACGAUACCAUCCUUAUCUACGGCGGUGUUCCAGAAGAUGCUUACAAUAGACAUUACAACCAUUCUCAACUAUUGAAAUAUAAAGUUAAAGAGAAUGUAUGGGAAUCUAUUGAAGCUCAGGGUCCUGCUAUUCCCGAAACAAGAUCAAGACAUGCAGCUUGUCUUUCUGAAGAUAAAACUAAAAUGUUUGUAUCUGGUGGAUUAUACAAAGAUGAAAUGAACGAUCCAUAUGAUGACUUACGAGUAUUUGAUUUGAAGACUGGUGUUUGGGAAGGUUCAAGAAAGUUUAUACGCCGGUUUGAUCACUUCAUAACACAUUAUGAUGGUAAGAUUUGGGCACUUGGUGGAUUAACAAAAGAUAUGGCACAUGUUACUGAAAUAUCAUGGUUUGAUCUUCAAACAAAUAUAACAGGUUCCAUAAAGAUACAUCAUUUACCAAAGAUCGAUGGAGAUCAUAUUUUUGUUAGAAAUGGUUCACAAAGUAGUUCUUCAUUUUUAUUAGAUGUUGUUAUUCCACUAUACUCAGCUCAUACACCUUUGGAACCUUGUAUUGGUUUAUAUGAUUUGAAUAACCUUAGAUGGCAUGCUGCACUUUCAGGUGCUUUCCAGCCUUUACUUGGUCAUAAAUGGAAACAUACAUUCAUCCAUGAAUCAAAUUUAUAUUUGCUAGGUUAUCCAGUUGUUGAUGGUUCCGAUGAUGCACCAUUUGAUUUUAAUCUCAAUACUAUAAUAUCGUUAGAUCUUGCAGAUUUGGGAAUAAUGGAAAGAGAAAAUCGUAAAAGAAAGCAUAGUGAUGAUUCCAUGUCUUCAGAAUUUGGAUCGUUAUUGGCAAAUGAAGAGUUUACUGAUUUUGAGAUUAUUGGUAUUGAAGGAAACGAAAGACCAUCACUCAACUCUAAAUUUAUAGAAAGAAAUGAAGUUCAAUUAGAUGCACCAUUCCAAGAGACCCAUAAUGAUACAUUUGUUAAAUCAAGUCCUUUGAAAGUCCAUACAACAAUUUUACUAGCUAGAUGGCCACAUUUCAAAAGAAUAAUAACUAGCGGAAUGCAAGAAACAAAGACAAAUACAUUAUUCAUCCCUGAACCUAUAGAAUGGUUAAAGGCACUCAUGGAAUAUUUAUAUACAAAUGAUUUGUCCAAGGGGACUUUGGAACUAUAUUCAGGGUUAUUAAUACUUUCAAAUCUUUAUGAAGUUCCAAAACUCAGGAAGUUUUGUUUAAAUCAAAUAUAUUUGAAAGGGUUCACUGCACAAGGUGCAAUUAAAAUAUGGUCAAGGGCAAGAUUGAUUAAUGAAGAAGUAUUGGCUCACAACGCCGCUAACUAUUGCUCCAAAAAUUGGAAAAUAGUUAUAAGGACCCGUGCGUUUGAAGAGUUGGCAAAAGAAGAAAUUAUUGAUUUUUGUCGAAUGAUUACAAUAGGUCAAACAAACUCCAGUGCACUUUAUAUAACUUCCGGAGCUCAAGGAGAAGAUGGUUUCAAUUUGAACAAUUAUGAUAGAUACUACAGCACAACUAUGAGUCAGUCAAACUCAUUUGGGCAUUACGAUGCUGCCCCAAACUUUGGCCUACCAGAACGUCAAAAUGUCUUGAUCAAUCCAGAUGAUAAUGAACCUAAGGAUGAUGAAAUAUAUUACAAUGUUCCACCAGGGCUUGAACACGCUGUUGGGUUUGGUGUGCCUGGAAUGACUAGUUUUAGAAGAUUAUCUUGA